AUGAAAUUUGGUCUGCUUGCUGUCGGACACGCCAAUGGAAACAUUGAUAUAUGUGAAUGGAUGGGCGGAGAACGAGAACAGCAGUGCUCUCAAGCUUGGGUCGUUCGAAAGAUACUGCCAGGCCCCUACCCUUCCAAAGUAGACUCCCUUGCAUUCGUCAUCCGCCAUCCAGAAGAUCUCGGACCAGACGACGUUCCCGAGCAAUCAGAUCUUCGUCUCUUCAGUUCAGGCGGAGGAAGCGAACUUAUAGAAUGGGAUCUGGAACGAGGAUGCAUCCGGAAAACCAUUAGUUCCCAAGGAGGCUCCAUAUGGUCUGUAGCCGUCAACCCAUCCUCGACGUCCCUCGCACUCGGAUGCGAAGACGGCACAGUUCGUAUCCUCUCCGUCGCGAAUGACACGUUGACCCACUCGCGACGCUUCGACAGAGUGAAAUGCCGCAUGCUAAGCAUCGCGUGGGGUCCGCCUAUGCCGCGACACCCUGCCGCCUCCUCCCAGAAGACGGCACAGACUCAGACGGCUACUGAGGAGUCCAGUGACGAUGACGGUGAAGAGGAUGAGUGGACGGACUCGUGGUUGGUUACUGGUGGCUCGGAUAGUAGUCUGAGGAAGUGGGAUGUUGCUACUGGGAGGGUUGUUGAGAGGAUGGGUGUUGACAAGCUACGCGGCGAGCGUACUUUGGUAUGGACAGUAGGAGCCCUAGGUGAUGGCACAAUAAUUUCUGGCGACUCGUUGGGCAUGGUCAAAUUCUGGGAUUCGAGAACGUGCACCCAAUUAUAUUCUUUCCAAGCCCAUGGCGCAGACGUAUUGUGCAUGGCAAUAAGUCCCGAAGGCAAAGCCGUCUACACCUCCGGCGUCGACCAAAAAACCGUCCAAUUCUCCCUCGUCAAAACCUCCAGCACUGAAAAAGGCCCGGCCUCAUCCCGGUGGACGCAAACCACCUCGCGGCGGAUGCACUCACACGACGUGCGCGCAUUAGCCAUCUGGCCCCCAUACACUCCCCUUCCUCCAGCACAUAAAAGGGCCUUCCCAAUCGACGUUGCACCCGUGCUCGCCUCCGGAGGUCUGGACAUGUCCGUCGUCCUCACACCUGCAGCUCUACCCACGAGCACCGUGGUAAAAGUGAUGAACCCGCUCGACACGAGCGUCGAGGCGACGUUUGAGGACUCGUACCAUCGCAAAUUGGCAUAUGUGUCAAGAGGGGCGGUGAGGGCGGCAAAAACUGCGCGCCUUGUCUCUUGUGCGCGAGAAGCUGGGCUGAGCAUCUGGUGCAUACGGAAGAAACUAGUGGAGCAGGAGGAACCCCAGCCACAAGUGUCUCCAGAGGCGAUUGACCUCGACGGUGUGGACGAGCAGCCGUUCGCAGGUGGAUGGGAGAAGGUCCUUGAGAUGGACCUCAAUGUACACUCGAAUAUAGUUGCCCAUGAGAUCUCGGAUGACGGUCGGUGGCUUGUCGUCUCUGAUCUGUAUGAGAGCAAACUUUUCUCUUUACACACCGAUGACAAAGGUCUGAUAAACCCCAAACGAAUAAAAGAUUUCUCCGCCAUCCUCCAAUCCCAAAUCCCCACAUCAAAUACCCACCCUGUAUCCACAGGCGGCCUCACCUUCCGCUUCACCCCCGACUCCUCUAAGCUCGUCAUGAGCACCGCAAUGUCGUCCUACAUCCUUAUUGUCGACCUAACAAGUGAGAAACUGCGCGUCCUGCGCCGGUUCGACCACCACCGGAUGCAGGACUCGGUCGUGCACGAUCGGGUCAUGAAAGGCCGCGUUGCGAGUAGGAAGGGCGAGCUUAAUGGACAUGCUGCGGUGAAUGGGAAUGCUCAAGGGGAUGAGGACGUGGAGAUGGGUGACGUGGACUCGCCACCUCCGGUAGACCACAGUGAAGACGAGGGUGAGCAGAGCGAGCGGGAGGAUGUGAAGUCGACGGCUGCGGUGGUUAGCAUCGACCAGAUCGCCAUUAGCACGGAUGGGCAGUGGCUUGCUACCUCAGACAGUAGGGCCCGGACGCAUGUAUUCAAUCUCGACUCAAUAUCACACCACACCGUCCUGCCGUCCUUCCACCGCCCCGCCCAAGUCCUCGCCUUUGACCCUGUGCACCCGUCUGUGCUCCUACUCGCCUUCCCCGACAACACGAUCCAGAUCUACGACGUCGAGACGCGUCAGUUCCCCGCCUGGGGCAAAGAGCUUGCCUCCAGCUUGCCAAAGCGAUUCACCAACGCCCACGACACCGUUCUCGGUGCCGCCUUCGACCCUCUCCCUUCGCCUUCUCCCCUGUGGCUUGCCACUGGUUCUGGAAUUGCAGAGGACCAGGACCAGACCAGAACACGUUACGUCCUCUUCUGGGGCGCGACGUGGCUGUAUAAAGUAAGCCUGGACACACGGGUGCGUACGGGUGGGAAGAAGCGGCGGAGGGAUGCAGCGGGUCUAGGGUUGCCAGACGAGGGCAGACAGUGGCGCGACUCGAAGAUGGUCACGACGUACCGCCCGAUACUGUGCUGCGACUUUUUAGCGAAGGAUGAGUUGGUGGUUGUCGAACGUCCGUUGGUGGAUGUGUUAUUGACACUGCCGCCGGCGUACUUCAAGCAUAAAUAUGGAGCUUCUUGA